UUUAGAAUUCUGAAUCUCUUGUGGUGUUUGCUUUGUUUACUGAAGUUUCUCACAGAUAACCCAUGGCAACUUAGCCGGUGGAGUUGAUAAUAAUGCGGAUUUGACAUUUCAUGAUGUCGAAGAAGAAGAACAAACACAGGUGGAAAAGCUCCCCGAGCAUUCCUGUCGGUACUGCGGAAUUUAUGAGUCAAGCUGCGUCGCAAUGUGUACGGUCUGCAAUAGAUGGUUUUGUAACGGUAAAGGAAGCACAUCAGGCUCGCAUCUGAUCACUCAUUUAGUGAGAUCGCAGCACAAAGAAGUAUGCCUGCAUCGCGAGUCACCUCUUGGAGAAACACAGUUGGAGUGUUAUCAGUGCGCCUCUAGAAAUGUGUUUAUGUUAGGGUUUAUCCCUGCCAAAGCUGAUUCUCUUGUGGUGAUUUUGUGCCGGCAUCCUUGUGCUCAAAUUGCUUCACAGAAGGACCCUAAUUGGCAAGGAGAGGAAUGGAAGCCACUCAUCCAUGAAAGACAACUACUGUCUUGGAUAGUCAAUGUGCCGUCAGAACAAGCCCAGCUCAGGGCAAGGCAUAUAACGGCUGCUCAAGCUAGUCGUCUUGAAGACCUAUGGAAAGAACAUCCAAAAGCAACUGUAGAAGAUCUUGAUCGACCUGGGGUUGACACAGAGCCCGAAAGUGUCCUGCUCAGAUAUGAAGACGCAUUUCACUACCGACGUAUAUUUGCACCCCUUGUCCGAGAAGAGGCAGAGUUCGAUAGGAAAACUAAGGAAUCACAAACACAAAGUGUCGGGCAUGUCCGGUGGGAUCAAGGAUUGAACAAGAAACACCUUGCAUUCUUCCAUCUCCCCAAAUUCAUGGAAGGAAGCAUGAAAUUAAUGAUUGGAGAUGAGUUGAGGCUGAAGCAUACUCAAACCAUUGAGAGGGAAUGGUCAUGUCUUGGACAAGUGUUUAAAAUACCGGACAGUAAGUCCAUGUUUCGCAACUUCCACUCAUGUUAUCGCAAUGUCCAUAUAUGCGAAAUUUUUAUCCACCUUGACUAUGGCUUCGUUUUUUCUCCUUACCUGAUAUACUUUUUUUGCGCUGAAUAA